UGCUUUAAUUUCUGUUUUAAAGGUAAAGUGGAAUUGCAUGGGAAAAUCAUGGAAGUUGAUUACUCAGUCUCUAAAAAGCUCAGGAGCAGAAAAAUUCAGAUUAGAAACAUCCCUCCUCACCUGCAGUGGGAGGUCUUGGAUGGACUUUUGGCUCAGUAUGGGACAGUGGAGAAUGUCGAACAAGUCAACACAGACACAGAAACUGCCGUUGUCAACGUCACAUAUUCAACAAGAGAAGAAGCAAAAACAGCCAUCGAGAAGCUGAGCGGGCAUCAGUUUGAGAACUAUUCCUUCAAGAUUUCCUACAUCCCGGAUGAAGAGGUGAGCUCCCCUUCGCCCCCUCAGCGAGCCCAGCGUGGGGACCACUCUUCCAGGGAGCAAGGCCACGCCCCUGGGGGCUCUUCUCAGGCCAGACAGAUUGAUUUCCCGCUUCGGAUCCUGGUCCCCACCCAGUUUGUUGGUGCCAUCAUCGGAAAGGAGGGCUUGACCAUAAAGAACAUCACUAAGCAGACCCAGUCCCGGGUAGACAUCCAUAGGAAGGAAAACUCUGGGGCCGCGGAGAAGCCCGUCACCAUCCACGCCACCCCAGAGGGGACCUCGGAAGCGUGCCGCAUGAUUCUUGAAAUCAUGCAUAAGGAGGCUGAUGAGACCAAAAUUUUGAAUAUAUCAUCCCACUCACUCCUGGCCUGCAAAAUUUCUGCCGAGAAAUCCACCGAUAAUAUGGAAACUCCUAGAACCGAAGAGAUUCCUCUGAAAAUCUUGGCCCACAAUGGCUUGGUUGGAAGACUUAUUGGAAAAGAAGGCAGAAAUUUGAAGAAAAUUGAACAUGAAACUGGGACCAAGAUAACAAUUUCAUCCUUGCAGGAUUUGAGCAUAUACAACCCUGAAAGAACCAUCACUGUGAAGGGCACAGUCGAGGCCUGUGCCAGUGCUGAGAUGGAGAUUAUGAAGAAGCUACGUGAGGCCUUUGAAAAUGACAUGCUGGCUGUAAAUCAACAAGCCAACCUGAUCCCGGGGUUGAACCUCAGCGCACUUGGCAUCUUUUCAACAGGAUUAUCUGUGCUGCCUCCACACGCGGGGCCCCGAGGACCUCCUCCUCCUCCUCCCCCCUACCACCCGUUCGCUAGCCACUCCGGAUACUUCUCCAGCCUGUACCCCCCUCACCAGUUCAGCCCGUUCCCGCAUCAUCACUCCUACCCGGAGCAGGAGAUCGUGAAUCUCUUCAUCCCGACCCAGGCCGUGGGGGCCAUCAUUGGGAAGAAGGGCGCGCACAUCAAGCAGCUGGCUCGGUUUGCGGGCGCCUCCAUCAAGAUUGCCCCAGCGGAAGGCCCCGACGUCAGUGAAAGGAUGGUCAUCAUCACCGGACCGCCUGAAGCCCAGUUCAAGGCUCAGGGGCGGAUCUUUGGGAAACUGAAAGAAGAAAACUUCUUUAACCCCAAAGAGGAGGUGAAGCUGGAAGCCCACAUCAGAGUGCCCUCUUCCACUGCUGGCCGGGUGAUCGGCAAGGGCGGCAAAACCGUGAAUGAACUGCAGAACCUAACCAGUGCAGAAGUCAUCGUGCCUCGUGACCAAACGCCGGAUGAAAACGAGGAAGUGAUCGUCAGAAUUAUUGGGCAUUUCUUUGCGAGCCAGACUGCACAGCGCAAGAUCAGGGAAAUCGUACAACAGGUGAAGCAGCAGGAGCAGAAAUACCCUCAGGGAGUCGCCUCACAGCGCAGCAAGUGAGGCUCCCACAGGCACCAGCAAAACAACGGAUGAAUGUAGCCCUUCCAACACCUGACACCACGAGACCAAACACAGCCAGCCAGAUCGGGAGCAAACCAAAGACCAUCCUGAGGAAUGAGAAGUCUGCGGAGGCACAAGGGCUCUGCAGAGGCCCUGAGGACCUGGUGGCCAGGAGAGGGGGCGGGGGGAGGCCGGUGGCUCACGGCCCAGCCUCCCGCCUCCCCGGGCCUCUGCAGGCUGCCCAGCCAUCCACUUCACCGCCCACUCGGAUCUCUCCGUAACUCCCACCACGCUAUCCCUUUUAGUUGAACUAACAUAGGUGAAGGUGUUCAAAGCAAAGCAAAAUUCACUUUCCUUUUGUGGAAAAUUGUCUCUGUACAUGUGUGUACAUAUUAGAAGGGGAAAGAUGUUAAGAUAUGUGGCCUGUGGGUUACACAGGGUGCCUGCGGCGUUAAUAUAUUUUAGAAAUAAUAUAUCAAAUAACUCAACUAACUCCAAUUCUUAAUCAAGUAUUAAUUUUUUUUCUUUUUAAAGAGAAAUCAGGCUUUUCUAGACGUUAAAGAAUCAAGUCAUUCUUUGGGAGGUCUAAUGGUUUAAUAAGGAGCUUCAAGGCCACCCACACAAAUCCACCCAGAGGGAAAUCUGGUCAGGACACUCGCGGCAGCUCCGGGUCACCUGUGUACGUCAACAGAAGGGAUACCGUCUUCAUCCCUGUCGAGCUCACACCCAUUUCUCUUUGCUUCACGGGUUUUAAACUGGUUUUUGCAUACCGCUCUAUAAGUCUGUCUCUGUUUAUCUCUCCCUGUCCAUCCUCCCUCCCGUCCUUCUCCACACCCAUCCUUUUAGUCCCCACACCCCCUGCCUCAGUCCCACUCUCUAUGCACCCCCAGGCAAAGCAGUGCUCUGAGUAUCACAUCACACAGAAGGAACAAAAGUGAACACACAAACCAGCCUCAACUGACACUUGAACAGAACAAGAGUCAAUGGUACUUGUCCUAGCUUUUCGGAAGAGGAAACAGGAACCCAUCGAACCAACCAAAACAAAGAAAAACCCCCGCAAAGAAAGAGUAUAUUUUGUCUUUUUUACAUUUUGGUGUAUAAGCCAUCCAUUUUCAGCAAAAUGAUUUCUUUCUUUUGAGAAAAAAAAAAAAUGUGGAAGAAAAUAGCAAUUUACAUGAGGUCGUUGGCCCAGGGCGUUAAAUUUACAGAUUUUUUUUAAAAGAGAAAAACACACAAAAAAAGCUACCUCAGGUGUUUUUUACCUCAGCACCUUGCUCUUGUGUUUCCCUUAGAGAUUUUGUAAAACUGAUAGGAGCAUUUUUUUAUUUUUUUAAUAAAAAUGAGUUGGAAAAAAAAUACAAUUAUCAGCUGCCAGCCCGGAGAAGGUGACGGUCCAAGUGUGCGCCACCCGCUGUGCGUCGCCUUCCGCCAGCCAGGAGCCCACGUGGCCUUCUUUUGGACAAACCUUGAAAACGUUUAUUAAAAAAGAAAGAUGACCAAGAGACACAGAGAAGAUGUUGGAGAUGUCCUGAAUCUCACUAGGGUACGUGCCAUUAGGGCUUUUGCGCUAAAGGAUGGACAUGUACUGGUUUCUGUGAACAAGCCAUUUUACCAUCAGACUGCAAUGCCAGUUUCCUCUACUGCAAACAGUGUUCUGUGACAAAAACAAAAACAAACAAACAAAAAAAAGAAAUAUAUCCAGCUAACAAGAUCCUGGUGUCUUGGUCUCUUAUUUCGCCUGUCCCAAGGGGUCAGCCGAGUUCCAGCUCUGAGGGGACUUGGGAAGCGGGCGGCACGUACCUUUAGGACUGGCCAGCUCCUCCCAGGAAGUGGCUGGGAGAAGCUAAGUGUAGUCACCAGACCAGCAGCAGCAUUAGCUCCGGGGAACUUCUUAGAAAUGCAGGUUCUUGGGGUCCACCUUGAAUCAAAUUCUGGAGGUGGGGCCCCACAGUCCGUUUCAGCAGGCCCUCCAGGUGACUGCCAUUGGUGCUCAAAUUUGAGAACCACAGAACCAGAGGGAUGGGCUGUGUAUCAAGCGAGGUAAGACCAGCCUGUCUUUAAUGAACUUGACGCCUGGCCAGGGAAGGAGUUUAUCUUUCUGGGGGAGAAGAGGGAGGAUAAUGGGCCUGACAAGUCAAGGGAAGAGGUACUUCCCUGCUCCCCAGAAACCACACUGAAAGUGUUCCAGGAGAUUUGAACAGGCGGAUGAGAGCGGUCCUGUUCCCUUUAUGAGCCCAUGUUCAUAGAGCUGUGGGCUCUACCAGAGAUUGCUGGCUGCUAAAAGCCCAAGCAACUCAGGAAUGAAGAGUUGGUACUUGACCGCCAGGGGUGGUCAGUCAAGCUUUUUGGGGUGACCACUCAAAGCCCAGCAGGGACAGGCGGAGGUGAACUGAUGGGUUCCACAGUGGCCACAUCCCCCUUCUAACAAACUGAGGGCUCCUAACUCACUUAAAAUGUGUUCUUUGCCUAUGUCCCAUCCACACUCCUGAUUUCCCUUUUAUUUUCAAUAUCUGUGAUGCUGAUUUUAAAGUUUUUUUGUGUAGAAGCCAGCGGUUCCUCUCACGGCUGUGGUUGGCAUGGACAUGGGCAGGAACGUGCUAUCCCCUCAUGUGGCCAUUAGAAACCCAAGUAUCUGUGGCUUCAUCUCCCUCCCCACUCAGGCCUCAAGCCCACUGCCCACAGAAGAGGAAAUGGGACAUAGUCUGCUGGCCCGAGAGAAGCCGGGGCUCCUGACAAUCGGGGUUAUUUCUGAAAACCUUUCCCGUGGUUGAGGUGUGCAUGUCAGAUGAACAGCCAGAGAAAUGGCACACCCUUAAAGGAAGGGCCUUAAAUGUAGGCCCGAGGGCUUGGUGAUGGAUCUGUGAGGAUGCGGAGCAAUCGGCAGGAGAGGAGGCAUAACGCAGGACCCCUCUUGGCUCUGCUGCUCAGAUUUCCUUCCUUGGCCUUUAUUCAGGUGGCAAAAUUGGAGGUUUAACUCCAGCUCCUAAGCUGCCCGUUUCCAAAAUAUGUGUCUGAACAUAUGAAAGACAAGUGAGGAGGUGCUAACAGACGCCCUACUUGCCAUGGGACAAAGCACCCAGAAGUGGUCCCAAGGUUGCAGCAAUGGAGGGGAGCCACACGGAGAGGCAGACGGCAGGAACGAGGCCUGCAGGCUUGUUCCUAGCCAAGGUGUUCUCUCGGCCCGUUUUCUGAGAGCCCGGGUGCUGGGUUGUUUGGCACUUGAUGCAGGCACUUCUGAGCUUCCCCAGGGCUGCGCGAGCUGAGACCACCCUUUACAGGACGGGGCCUACCCCGUCUUACCUACAUAAGAGCAGCCGCCUGUGUGUGCCUUGUUCCCACAUGUGGACUCAGGCAAACGGUAUUUCAUCUAUAAAUCCCAGACUUUCUGUCUUGACAAGACAUCCUGACAUCCCAGAAAGUCCUAAUUGAGCAUGAUUUUAUGAAAAAAAUUAAAUGGCAGUUGUUAAAUGGAGACUUAGGUCAAUACCAAAUGUUUUGAAAUUCAUUAACCUCCGAGACUCAAAAAGCCCCUCCCUGAUCCUUUGGAUUGACCCCCUUGAAAACCCGAGACCCACAGUGGUUUUGCAUGUGCUAACAUCUCCUAGGAAUGGUAAGGAGGCCUGAACACCCCUUCUGUCCUAGUUACCUCCCCCGCUGCCCCAACUCUGCCUUGAGAUGUCGACUCCAACAAGGAGUUCUGGACGGGAAGGAUGGCAGGCUGGCGGCAGAGGAGAAGAGGGUUCCAGCAGAGGAGAACUUACAAACUUGAGAAAAGGGAGAAUCGAUAGAGGUUUAGGGGGGUUUCAACCAAGAACCAAAGGAAAUGAGUAACCAUAGAUAGAAGGCAUCUUGACAGGAUGGGCAAAGGUGGGGAAAAACACUGGACUUCUAAGGGAAGUAGGGAAAACUGAUAGAUAACCUGGCUUCCAUUUGGGAUGGAAGUGACUCAGUGACUGAGUAGACAGAUACGCAAUAAGGACUGGAGUAUGACAAGCUCUUGGCAUAGUCAUUCCUACAUCCCUGGGGAAGGAAGUAGGCAAGAGAAGCAUCCCCAUGGUAACAAUUAUGAAAAGCCCACACCGUAGGUAUUGAGAGAUUAGCUUGAAUUGUAUAUGCAUCCAAAUCUCUCAUUGUCUACAGCCUGAUGGAGAUUUCUUUGUCCUGCUACCACUAAUGUCAAAUAACAUGACUAGCAAAUUCCCGUCUACUGUCAAUUUUUGCUGCUGCUUUUUCUUUCCUCUCAACAUUCCCUUUAAGGUGCGUGCUGGUGAAUUAAAAUUUAAGACAUCCUGCAUAUGGGCUAAUUUUCUAUUCUAGCUCACAUUAGCCACAUCCAGGUGCUGUCUUUCCAGAAGCCAGGAGUGUUAAUAGCUCUCUCAGGAAUAGCUGGUAUAAAGAGAAAACCUCAGAGAACAGAAUUAUACUCCAGCUUAACCUCAACGCUCCUUGUAUUCUCUUGUGAAAGCAAGAUGCCCAGAUGCAAGGCGGUUUGUUCCCAUGGGUGACUGGGGGCACUGCCUCUAAUCUCAGAUGUGGCUGACAAACAAGAACAUUCCCAUUUGCCUCCAGUAACCUUCAGUGAUCAGGACAACCAAAGGCAAUUUACAUAUUUUAUUUGGAGCCGGUAGUUUCUUGAGAUUGCUGUGGCCACCACAAAUUUGAUGGAUUAAAACAACAAAUUUAUCUUCUUACGGUCCUGGAGCCCCAAGUCCAAAAUCAAGGUGUCAGCUGGGCCAUGUUCCCCCGAAGGCUCUGCCAACUUGGGUGGCUCCAGGCUUCCUUGGCUUGUGGAAGGAAUACUCCAGUCUCUGCUUCCAGUCUCAUUGCCUCCUCUUUCCGUUAAAAACAAACAAAACAACCUCCAAACUCGUUUAUAAAGUAACAGAGCCUGCCCAGACCACCGUUACUAUAACACUGGGUGUCUUUCUCCAGAUUUUGUUUUAGAUGCAUAAACAGAUUUCCCCCCACAAAAAAUGGGUAUAAAAUAUCAAGUGCCUAGGCCCAUCUUACUGCCUCCUCUUCUGUCUCAAAACUCCCUCUGCUUUUCUCUUAUUCGGCAUGUAAAUGCACUUAGGGCCCACCCAAUAAUCCAGGGUAAAUUCCUCAAGCAGUGUGGUGAUUGCAGGGUGAGGGGG